AAUCGCGCCGCACCACGCACCCUCUGUACCCAAUCGGUACGCGUGGUGGGGACCAGAGUCCACCAAUCGGAGCUGUCCAGGUGCGGUAUCCGAUGCCCGAAGCGUGGCUCCUUCCAAUUGGUCUCCCGUAGCAGCUUUUGUCCAAUCAAAUGGCUCCGCGGGCCCUCACACGCAGGACCACCCCUUUGCCUGGGAAGACUUGGCCUCUGAGGGAAGCCGUCCAAUGAACGUAGCUCGCAACGCGUCCAUCCUCUUCGAGGGGUCGCGAUGGAACCACUUCCGGAUCCUGGAGAGCGUUUAUUCCGUGACCAGGGGGAACGGUAGCCAUGGCAACGCGCUUUUUUACGUUUCUCCCAUCAGGAGUCACGGAGCGAGCCCUUUCAGGCCGACGUUCGCAGCCAGCUUUGUAUCUCGCAGUGCUUCUCGGAAAAGAAAAACACGUGAGGCACUGAAAAUCCUCCGGAACGCUUUUGGAUUGGGGUGGUGAGAAACCACAGCUCCCGGCGUGCAACAUACUAGGCCUACGCUGUUUUGAAUGCUGGGAAUCGUAGUCUUUGGCCUCUGGGCCAACUGCGUAGUUUGGCCCUUUCACGUUCUCCCGGCGUCUCUUUGCGGGAACUCUGUCCUCCGUGUUUUAGGAUUUAUACCUCGUUCUGACUGCAGCAGAUAUCUGUGGUUACUCCAAGGCUCCAGCGUACACAGCUUUCAAAAGUCCUAACAAUCAAGAUUUUUUUUUCCUGACCUUCAAAUGGUGGGCAUCUCUCAUCCUCAAAUGAUGACCCUCACGAACUACCUUGAGGAAAGAUUGCCAUCUGUUCCUAGCAAACAUCAUUAGGAGAAAGAUCUAAGAGCAGUGAGGGCUGGAGGCCGCCCCAGGAUGAAAACUGUCCUGAUUUGAAUGUGAUAUCUUCCCCAAGCAAAGGAAAAUGAACCAGAAGGCAAAUGAGAAUGUAGAAAGAGUUGCCCAAUUCAUUGUAAAGCCCCAGACACCCAUUCGGCCUUACAUCUGCUCCACUCUGAAUGAUUUUCAAGAAGAGAGGAACUUUUUGGCAACCAACAUCUUCCCUCAGCUUAAUGAACUCUGCAAUUCCCGGGGUACAUACUUCAAACCUGUGGACCUGAGGUGGUCAGUCUUGAAGGCCCAGAAGUCCUUGCCGGCCAACUUGUAUCGACAGGGUUGCUGUCUCCUCUCCCAGCAGCUGAAGCUCUGUCUUGACUAUGUGAACAGCUGCUUUCCCUUCUUCAUCUGCAUGUUGGGUCAGACCUAUGGGGACUUCUUUCCUGACCACUCACCUUUCAUGUUCUCCAAAGCAAAAGACCUAUCAAAUUUAUCCAAAGCAGAGCAGAAUCUUUAUGUUGCUGCAAAAAAUGGUUAUCCUUGGGUCCUAGAGACUCCCAACUGCAGCCUGACGGAGUUUGAGAUCAUCCAGGCAGCAUUUCGGAACCAGUCACAAUUUCAAUAUUUUUAUUUCAGGACCAGGACCACGCUGCUGAAGAUAUUAAGUGGGGAAGAGGAGGAGAGUCUGUCCUCAGGUGCUCUGGUGAAUGAAGAGGAAAAAUUGAAGAUUGGAAGACUUAAGGCCAAGAUCAUUAGUAAAGGGCUUCCCAUCAGAUUUUAUAAAGAUCUCCAAGAGUUGGGGGAACUGGUUUUCAAGGACUGGUCGUUUGUGAUAGAAAAACUUAACCCAAUCACUUUAAUGAUCAAAAAUAUAGACUACAGGCACAGCUUAGAAUGUUUCUAUCAUGAAGAGUUUAUUGAGAAGUGCAAGCAAGCGUUUGUUUCUUCCAAGGAGUCAAACAGGAUCUUUGAAAUCUUGGAACAAUUUGUCUUAAAGGAUGAGGGACUUGACUUAAAAAAUGCAGCAGCAGAUUCUAAUUUAGUCUCUGUUCUCAGAAUAAAUUCUCUUCCAGCUUUCAAGUCUAUUUUGCUCUUGUCUGGAGAACGUGGUUGCGGGAAGUCCACCCUGAUUGCCAACUUCGUGAAUUAUUUCAAAAACAAAUAUCCGAGCAUAUGGAUCAUCCCUCAUUUUGUGGGAAGCACCUGUGAAAGCAGUGACAUCGUGUCUGUGAUCCACUACUUCAUCACAGAGCUACAGCACAAGAACCACAAUAUGCAGCCUGAAAUGGAUUUUCUUAAUGAAGAUUCAAACAUUUUGUCCUUUUCACUUCUUGUAGAAGUGUUCAUUGCCUCCAUCAGUUUAAAGCCAUGUAUACUUGUGCUAGAUGGAAUUGAAGAAUUGAUUGGUAUUUAUGGGAUUUCAGGUCAGAAGGCCAAAGAUUUCUCCUGGCUGCCUCACUCUCUCCCUCCUCAUUGCAAGUUCAUCCUGAGCACUGUCUCCUCCAGCCUGUCCUGCAAGUUGCUAUGUGCCCGGGCAGACGUGAAGAUUGUGGAACUCACCAGCGUUGGAGAUGAAGACACAAGGCUCAGCAUCUUCAGACAGCACCUAUUCACCCCAGGCCAAGACCCCUCCCUACAUAGCAGACUCGCUUUGAAGAAAAAACCAAGCCUGAGUCCUUUGAAACUCACAGUCCUGGCCAAUGAGCUGAAAGAAUGUAGAAUCUACCGCAGUGAGCUUCAGUGUCUCAAGGAGUACCUGGAGGUGGCCUCUCUGCAGGAGUUCUGGGAGUUGAUUCUGAAACGCUGGACUGAAGACUAUAGUUGGACUAUUAAACAAAAAAAGGCAAAACCAGACAAUGGGACUUCAGAAGAAGGGCUGGAUGGCUGGGUGGCCGAUGCUCUGUGCUUACUGUGCAUCUCGAAUUGUGGCAUGGCUGAGGAUGAGCUACUCCAGGUUUUGGACACACUGGGCUACAGGAAUAAUUACAAAGUGACCACAGUGCACUGGGCUGCUUUCCGCAAUGCCACUAAACAGUGGGUCCAGGAGAAGCCGAAUGGUGUCCUCUACUUCCGACACCAGUCCUUGCGAAGUGCUGUGGAGAGCAAGCUGCUUGGUAUAACCACGCCUGUCAGGGAGAGCAGUCCAAAUGCUUGUCAGAACCCAAUGAAUCUCAAGAAAACACAUUUUCACCUAGUCUUGGUCAGAUACUUCCAGCAACAGAACACUUUUUGGAGAGUGUUUCAAGAAUUGCCAUGGCAUAUGAAAAUGAGCGGAUGCUUGGGGGCGUUGUGUAGCUUUCUCACAAACCCAAGUAUCACAGAUUUUAUAUCAAAAAUCCAAAGCUCAAGCUUCUGGACAAGGCUGUACCUCAUUCACUACUGGAAUGUUUUAUCAGAAGCUGGAUACAAUACUUCCAGGGCCUAUUUGAUGUCAGUGGCCAGUAUUAAAGCAGAUCAGUGCCAUAAAGUGAAGAGGAGACAAACCCUCUCAGUGCUGGAAUGGAAGCUUUCUAAUGUCACUGCCACUGACAAAUGCCGACUGAUGUUCUGCAUUGGGAGUUUUUUGAAACUUAUGGGCAAGAUCAGAGAAGCAAAAGAGCUGUUCUUGAGUACUGAGGACAUGUUAAUGCAGUUUUCGCAGGAGGUACACCAGGUACCAGAGGAUCCAUUUGUGAACGGCUUCUGAUUCUGCAUCAGAGACUUGACUUCUUAAGAAACGUACAGAGCGGUGUUUUGGAGUCCAGCAGGCCUGGGAGGACCCCUGCCCUCCUACUAGGUAGCCAUGGGGCUGAGGCAUGUGUUCACCUCACUGAGUUCUGGUCUCCCUACCUGUAAAGAGGAGUAAUAAGCGCUCCCUUCCAGGGAGGUCGUGCCCGGCGAGAGCUUGGCUCAGCUAGCGCUGUCGAAACGGUGGCACCGUCACUGGCCACCAGCACCUGUGUCCUGAACGCCCAAGAAGCACGGAGCCCAAGGCUUGGUCGUGGAGUCUCUGCCCUUAAGGAACAGUCUGGAGUGGGAAGAGGGGAAGAAAAGCCAAGGAUUCAUAACGAGGAAGCGGACACUGAGGCCACACCCAACAUGUCCAGUCGCUCGAGUGGCAGCGUGGGCACUGGGACCCGGAGGUGGGAGGACCACUGUGGCCUGGUAAGGGCUUGUGACAGGGCUUCUGCCUCCCUGUCGGACUCAUUAGAAACACGUCUGUGAUGUGCAGAGGAAUCAAACGCCCAGAAUUGGAGCUUCAUGGGUGGAGGGAAUCUGAAGGAGCAGCCGGUGCCGGGAAGGUGAUGAUUGCACCCAAGCGGAGCAGUCAGCCAGCUGAGGCCACGGAGCACUGGAAUCUGGAGAGAGACAAGGCGACAUCUGCAAAAGCCAAAACCACCAGAGGAAGCCAGGGCCCCAAGCAAUAUUGGGAACGGGUGGGGGAACUGCUGAUAUUCGGAGGGAGAAAAGUAAAUGAACCUGUGAAGAAGGCAAAGAUUGGGAAAGAGUCAGGAUGUCGUAGUUUUCCCCCAAACCAAGGGGGGAGUGGCUAACGGCAUCAAAUGCCCGCUAGAGGUCUGGGCAACUAAGCACGGAAAGAAGGCCCAGAGGUCUGGUGCGUGGGGGCCAGUGACCGCCACUGAGGAGGCAGGGCAUGUGGGAGGAGCAAGAGGCAGGGCUUUAGGAGGUGGGGGUGGUAAUUAAACAGAGAAGAUGCACAUAGGCAGGCUUGUUUGAAAAGUUUGUUGGUGAAAGGAGAAAGUCGAAAAGUUAGGAGAAUAUGAGGUUCAGGUCAAGUUUGAUCCAGGGUAUAUGUGUUUACGUGGAGCAGGAAAUAAACAGAGGCAGAUUAGAGAUGCUGGCAGAGACCCUGUGAGAGGGCUGGAGGGAAGGACACAGAACUCAGGGGCAGGGCAGGUCCUUGGGAAGGGAGUUGGGCUCCACUAACUCUGAAAUAGGUGUGAGGGAAGAAAAUGAGUCAAAACUCUGCUAGUUAAAAAUUUAAAAGAAAGGUAAAAGAGGUAUAGAAAAGAGACUAUAAUUCCCCAACAUUGUUCUGCCUUUUAUUAAAGUAAUGUGCCCUCUCAGAAAAUGGCUGUGUAGAAGAAAACUGCAUUUCCCAGGUCUCCUUAGAAACCAAUGUUUUGGCCAAUGAGAUGUAAAUGGAAGUUUCUGAAGUGAAGGUGUUCCUGGUUCUGCCCCUGUCUUAGCUGGAAGGCUCUGACAAAGAUUCUGUAGUCUGGUGGCUUAAACAAAGGCUUGUUUCUCUUGGUUCUGGAGGCUGGUGGACCCAAGAUCAAGGUUCCAGCAGAGUUGGUGUCUGCAUCCUGGUCCAGGCACUGCCAUCUUUUGCUGUGUCUGCAUAGAGGAAAGGAAUGAGAGAGGUCCCUGGGGCCUCUUUUACAAGGGCACUAAUCCCAUUUGUGAGGGCUCCACCCUCCUGACCUGAUCACUUCACAAAUAUCCCACCUCCUAACUCCAUCACAUUGAGAUUAGGGUUUCAACAUAUGAAUUUAGAAGGGACACAUUCAGUUUUUAAUAACUUUCCUUCUUUCUGCUGAUUGAAUUGUGAAUAUGAUUUGAAGUCAGAGCAACCAUUUUACAUCAGGUGGUAUCCUUGAGAAUGGAAGUCAGGCAAGGGCACAGGAUGAGAUAAAAAUAGCUGAACUCUGACUUUGUAGAAUGUGUGCAGCCCUGGGCCACCUAGAUCCUGACUCUUGUAUAAGAGAAAUUAAGCUAUUGUUAAUUUGGGGUUCUUUGUUAUUCAUAGUCAUCCUAAUCUUACCCAAUAUUCGAAUUCAGUCUCUUAGCAAUAUUUGAGCUCAGAAAAGUCAGAAUGGAGGACACCUUUGAAGUGGAGGAUUGGAAGGAUGAGCAGCAAAGAUAAGGUCUAGAAUAGAUGCUGAGAAUUCUAAAUAUAUUCCCAAGGGGUGUGCAAAAGAACCACAGGCACAUACCACACCAGACUCCUAUACCACACCAGGCUCCUAUACCAUACCAGACUCCUAUACCAAACCAGACUCCAAAUCCAGGGAAAUCAGUAUCUCAGAGCACAUGUAAACUAUUUUCAAGACAACUGUCCAAAAGCUUUGUUUCAGAAGAUCAGUUAAGGGCUAGGAUUGUGGGUCAGAGGAAGAGUGCCCACCUAGCAUUGCCUGAGGCACUGAGUUUGAUCCUCAGCAACACAUAAAAAUAAAAUAAAGGUAUUAUAUCCACCUAUAACUAAAAAAAUUCUAAAACAAAGGUCAUUUAACACAGAGGGGCACUUUUAAUAUGUGCAGGAGAAUAGAAACACUUAUUCUUUCAACUUAUAACAGGGAGCCCGGCUCAGUCAAUACUCUCCUAGGCUAUCAUUGUGGUACAAUGUAAAGUAUUAAGUGGCCAACAACAUUGCAAUGCCAUCCAUUCUAUGGUGCUUUAUUAGUUACUGAACACUUCCUAUAUAAUCUUAUUAUAUUAUCCUGUAUAAUGCAUUUUUGAAAACUUAUUAUUAACAGUAAAAUAACUCAUCACUAACUCUGAUUUCUUGGAUUGGACAUUUAAAAAAAACUUUAGCCAAUUAGUAUAUUCUUACGCAUUGAUAAGUUGUUGGUUGAGAAGUGAUUUAAGUUAAUGAAGUUGAAUACCCUGAAAUAAAUAUUCUAGACCAGUAAGGAGAAUUUAAUACAAGUUUCUAAAAAAACAUGUCAGACAUAAAGUCACCAGCUCCCUGGUGGUGUUUGUAUUUCAAGCAACAUUCUAGAUAUUCAUUAGAAUCUUGAUACUACCUCCCUUGGAACACUUAUUAUAUGUGAGACAUUGCCAGGUUAUUCCUCAAAAAUUUUAUUACUAUUAACUGCCAAAGAAUGUUUACUGAACCCAUGAGAUCAGUUGUCCAAAAUGCAUUUUUAAUUUGCAUUGUCUCCCAAUAAAUAUUUUAUAAAUACCUAAAAUUCCCUGAGAAAUGAUAUAAUACAGGUUUUUAUGGCAUGAGCCUUUCCUGGGCAGGUGUCCAGCUACGGUGUCUGUCCUAAUGGUGGGUUCCUUCAGGAGCUGCUGGUUCCCUU